AUGCUUUUAUUCUCUUGCAGUGACACAGAGAAGGAUUUGUUGAAAGUGAGUCUCAAUCAGCUUCAAUGUCACUUCACGUGGACUCCACAGAAAGAAACCAUUGACCUGGAUGAUAUGAAACAAAGAUUAGAAGAUUCAAUAGAGGCUGGUGUGAAAUAUCAAGCCAGGUCUUACAACCAUCUCGCCUUUAUAAACUGUCUGCAAGGAAACUGUGAAGAGGCAAUUCAGAAUUUAAAGGAAGCUGAAAGGAUUCUGAGGAAGGGACAUGAAGAUGAAUUUGAGAAGAGAAUCUUGGUCACCUAUGGAAACUAUGCCUGGGUUUAUUAUCACAUGGACCGACUGGAGGAGGCUCAGUCCUACCUCAACAAGCUGGAGACCGUCUGUAAACUAUUUCCUGAAGCCUCUCGGUUUACAGCAAUGAUACCUGAGGUUUACGGGGAGAAGGGCUGGUCACUAUUGAGUACAGCCGCUCAAUAUUAUGAAGAGGCAAAGGAAUGUUUUACAAAGGCCCUGGAGGAAGAUCCUGACAACAUUGAGUGGAAUGUUGGCUAUGCCACUGUACUGUCCCGUCUGGAAGGAUUUUCGGGUACCCAACUGAGUAACAAAUCUACUGAAUCAAUGAAACAGUUUAGGCGUGUGCUGGAGCUAGAUCCUGAUCAUGCUGAAGCCAUGGUGCAGUUAGCUUUAAAACUGCAAGAGUUCAAUCAAAAGGAGGAAGCAUCCAUAUUAGUUGAGCGAGCGUUGCAGAAGUCUCCUGAUCUCCCAUAUGUGCUUCGAUAUGCAGCAAAGUUUUUGAGAAGAGAAGGAGAUGUGAAAAAAUCGUUGGAGCUGUUGAACAGAGGGCUUGAAAUUACCCCGAACUCUGCCUUCCUGUGCCAUCAAAUAGGUUUGUGUUACAAAACCAAACUGCAUCAACUGAACAAAUAUCCAGGCCGCGGAGACCCUCACAGACAACAGAAAGCUGAAUUAAUCACAAAAUGCAAGUACUAUUUUGAAAAGGCUUUUGAGCACCGCCCACUAACAUUUAUUAAUGCACGGCUAGAUUUCGCUGUGAUUUGUUCACUAAAUAAUGAGUAUCAUGAAGCUGAGGUGACCUUCAGCAAUCUACUGAAAUUAGAAAAUAUUCAUCCAGGAAAUAAACAGGCAAUAUGUCUUCAGGCUGGGUUAUUUGAACUGCGUUCCAAAAGAUCAGAAUCAAAUGCCAUCAUCCAUUUUCUGGAAGGACUCAAAAUCAAAUAUAACUCAAAGGAACAGGAAAGAUGUCGGAGCCAGCUGGAGAAGAUAGUAGAAAGACAACUUCUCAGGAAUCCAAGAGACAGCGAAGCCCUUGGUCUGCAGGAGUUGCUUUUUCAGUUGAAUGAGAAGAGAUGA